CAUUAGCUUUUAGAUCUCUCUUGAAGGGAGCUGCUAUGUUUUUGCCUGCUAGAGGUGGAAAUAACAGUUAAGGAACUGAAAGAGGCUGGGUGGAUUUUCAGAAGGGACUCCCCCCCACUUUCCUUGAGUUAAAGGCCUUUAAGUGCUUAGUACAUGUUUCAGAUUUGCUGGAUAUUAAAGCGAGUCUAAAGAUGUUACAGUUCUCAGCAGGCUACUGGGGAAAAUAGAUGCAGAUUAAGACAGAGAACUGUGAUUCAGGAAAGAACGCCAGGUGGGAGAAGAGGAGAGUUAAUUAAUUAAUUUGAAAGCACAGCAGAAGAGGAUUACUCUGAGUGACUGAAGAUCAUCUCUUGCUAGUUAACAACCUUAUCCCAAAAACUCUGAUUAUUUUAAAAGGGUUUUUUGAAAAAUAGGAAUGCCUACAUCAACGGACCAAGGUCUGGUCUUCUGCUCCAUCAAUGCAGAAAAAACAAUAACAGCAGUGGAAAUUUGGAAGUCUGAAUUUCAGCUUUCUUAGAAACAACUGCCAGCCUAUCCUGUUAAUAUUUUAAAAGGGGGAGAAAAUAAAACCACCAAGAUGUUAUGUGUGGAGAUGACAACGUUGACAUGAAGAAUAGGUAAUCCACAACCUUUUUGUUUUUUCCUCUGGCCACUGGGAAAAUAGACCUCAUAGGAAAUCAGCAGAGAAAACAAGGAAUUUUUGUUUUAGCUUACUGCAUCUUUUAUAUACAUAUAUCUUAAAAUGGACCAAACUGUGCUCAAAGCUCUAGUGAGCUUGCUCUGGAAUUAUUGGAUUUUAAUGGGUUCUGCUAAGGGAAGCAUAGGAGACAAUCACGUCCACUCCAGUUUUAUUUAUAGGAGGCUUCGGAACCAUGAGAGAAAAGAGAUCCAGAGAGAGAUUCUCUCCAUCCUGGGCUUACCUCACAGACCCAGGCCCUUCUCACCUGGAAAGCAAGCUUCCUCUGCCCCUCUCUUCAUGCUAGACCUCUACAAUGCUAUGACCAAUGAAGAUGAGACUGAAGAACUGGAGUAUUCGCUAAGGGGACCCCUGGGAGGCGAGACCAGAGGGUUAAGGAAGGGAUACCCUGCAUCUCCAAAUGGAUUCUCUAGAAGAAUACAGUUAUCACGUACAUCUCCACUGACUACACAGAGCCCUCCGUUAGCUAGCCUGCAUGAUGCCAACUUUUUGAAUGAUGCAGACAUGGUCAUGAGCUUUGUCAAUUUAGUUGAAAGAGACAAGGACUUUUCCCACCAAAGACGGCAUUACAAAGAAUUUCGGUUUGACUUGACACAAAUCCCUCAUGGAGAGGCAGUGACUGCAGCUGAAUUUCGGAUUUACAAGGAUCGAAGUUAUAGUCGAUUUGAGAAUGAAACUAUUAAGAUCAGCAUUUAUCAGAUCAUGAAGGAGUACCCAAACAGGGAUGCAGACUUGUUCCUAUUAGAUACAAGAAAGGCUCAAGCAUUUGAUGUUGGCUGGCUUGUAUUUGACAUCACCGUGACCAGCAAUCACUGGGUGAUUAAUCCGCAGAAUAAUUUAGGAUUGCAGCUCUGUGCAGAAAUAGCAGAUGGUCGCAGUAUCAACGUUAAGUCAGCUGGUCUUAUAGGGAGGCAUGGACCUCAGUCAAAACAGCCAUUCAUGGUUGCAUUCUUCAAAGCCAGUGAAGUUCUUUUUCGAUCUGUCCGGGCUGCCAACAACAAAAAGAAAAACCAGAACCGCAACAAAUCCAGCAGUCCUCAAGAUUCCUCAAGAAUGUCAAGUGUUGGGGAUUAUAACACAAGUGAGCAGAAACAGGCCUGUAAAAAACAUGAACUCUACGUGAGCUUCCGAGAUCUGGGGUGGGAGGAUUGGAUUAUAGCUCCAGAGGGUUAUGCGGCAUUUUAUUGUGAUGGAGAAUGUUCAUUUCCUCUCAAUGCCCACAUGAAUGCUACAAACCAUGCCAUAGUGCAAACUCUGGUCCAUUUAAUGUUUCCUGACCAUGUUCCUAAGCCGUGUUGUGCCCCUACAAAACUGAAUGCCAUCUCCGUACUCUAUUUUGAUGACAGUUCAAAUGUCAUUUUGAAAAAGUACAGAAACAUGGUGGUGCGAUCGUGUGGUUGCCACUAGAAUCCGUUUGCAAAACAGAAGAUAUCAGAGGACCAGAGAUUUACUGAGCAACAGUAAGAGGCAAGAUAUCACCUUUCCUUAGGAAAACAUAUUUCAGUUUGUGUCACUUCUCAUUUGAUGUAUAGUGUUAUGUACAUAGUAGCUUUUAUUUAUUUAAAGGUAUAUAGUUUCUUUUUUAUAUGGAUGGCAUUUCUAACAGUCUAUUAUAUUGGUUUCUCUUAUUGUAUAAUAGAAUAUUGAAGGCAGAUCUUCAGUUAAUCAUACAGACUUAUUUCAUUUUUUUAAAAAAAAAAAUAAAAGCUUUGUAUAGUUCUCUCUUUUUUAGAAACCCCAGAACUCCAGUGACUGUUUUAUAUUGUUAAAGGAAAUUGAAUACAUUUGGCUACAUUGUGCCAAUGAAAACUCUGGCGGACUAUUUAUUUAGAAAAGGCACUGAGAAAGGGCUAAAAAAAUGCUUAGCUAAACACAAUUCUCCUUUUAGAAGUUCUACUCCAUUAGAUAAAGUAAAAUGUUGAACUGUGUUUAAAUAAAUAAAUGGUAGUUUCAAACCUAGAGGCUGAAAGAUUGCACAUAAUUGGUAGAGCUGUUUUCUUUAGCAGAAUUGGUGUAACAGUAGGAGCCAGGUUACUUUGCUUGCGGAUUGCCUGUUCUGCUGGAGGCCGAAAUCUUUGGGAGUUCUGUGGAAGCAGUCUGUUGCUGUGCCCAUAAUUUUGCAAUUUAACAGUUUGGUGGGGGUGGGGAAUAUAGUACAACCUUCUUACCUCAAGUGAAUGCCGUUGGUCUGUUAUCUGUAACGCUACUGCAAGUGAUCUGUUUGUCUUGAUAGACCAAAAUAAAGUUAUGAGCCAGGCUCCUAGUCCUUUCUUAAGUUAGAGUAAUGAAAUGGAGAAUAAGCAGAGCAAUCUGAGAUAUCCUCAAGCAUUCAGAGUGUUAUUUAAGUUAAGAAGAAUGUUCAUUUAUUUAGUUCUUGGAUCAUGUAAUCUCUUAGUCAAGCAUUAUUUAAUAAGACAUGUGUGGAUGUGUGUGGAUGGCUGUGGAUGGCUGUGUGGGAAGGAGAUGUAGUCUGUAGCAGAAUAACAUGGUCAGCUUGUAAGGAGUUUCAGGGAAAAAAUCAUUUACUUUUCAAUACCAUCAGAAAAAUUGUUACAUUUUAAAAUUUUUUGUUCAAUCUGUUGAUGUCCCUAACUUCUGCUAGGGUUUCAGCAAAGGAAAAAAAAUAAUAUUGCAGGUUUUUUAAAAACCUCAAACUACUGUUCACAAAACCAUGGUGAAACAGCAAUUCGUGUACUGUAAUAUAUCCUAUUAAUUAAUAUUUUGAGAGCAGUCAGAAUAAUUAAAGUUAAAAUGAAUUUGAGACACAUUUAUAAGGGAAAGUUGGAUUUGUUUGUAAUUUAGAUAGAGGGGAAAUUGUGAUGUUUGGAACUGAAUUUAUUUUAAAUAAAGUUUGAAAAUGUAUUUUUGGUACAUUAAUUAAUAUAUUUUUGAAUAAGGUGUACCAUUUUGAGUGUAUGUAAUUGAAGAUUGUAUUAUUCUUUGAAACAGCCUGUUGAAAUAUAAUUAUAUAUUUUAAUCUAAUAAAUGUGUAAUAUUA